AAAAAAAGUAAAAAAACUGAAUUAAUUCAUAUUGAUAAUGAAGAAAAUCAAAGUAAUGAAGAAGAAGAUGAUAGUCAUGAUAUUGAUACAGAUGAUAUAAAUGAAUAUGAAAAACAAGAAAUAGAUUAUGAUAAUAAAUAUGAUUCAUAG